AUGGCGCAGCAAGGAAAUAAACUGGACCGGGAAACCUUCUCUUGUCCGAUCUGUCUGGAUCUACUGAAGGAUCCGGUGACUAUUCCCUGUGGACACAGCUACUGCAUGAACUGUAUUCAAAACUUCUGGGAUGGAGAGGAUGAGAAGAGAAUCCACAGCUGCCCUCAGUGUAGGCAGACCUUCACACCGAGGCCUGUCCUGAUGAAAAGCACCAUGUUAGCAGCUUUAGUGGAGGAACUGAAGAAGACUGGACUCCAAGCUGCUCCUGCUGAUCACUGCUAUGCUGGACCUGAAGAUGUGGCCUGUGAUGUCUGCACUGGGAGAAAACUGAAAGCUCUGAAGUCCUGUCUGGUCUGUCUGGCCUCUUACUGUGAGAAACACCUCCAGCCUCAUCAUGAUGUAGCUCCAUUAAAGAAACACAAGCUGGUGGAGCCCUCCAAGAAGCUCCAGGAGAACAUCUGCUCUCGUCAUGAUGAGGUGAUGAAGAUGUUCUGCCGUACUGAUCAGCAGUGUAUCUGUUAUCUCUGCUCUGUGGAUGAACAUAAAGGCCACGACACAGUCUCAGCUGCAGCAGAAAGGACUGAGAGGCAGAGAGAGCUCGAGGUGAGUCGACUAAACAUCCAGCAGAGAAUCCAGGACAGAGAGAAAGAUGUGAAGGAGCUCCAACAGGAGGUGGAGGCUAUCAGUGGUUCUGCUGAUAAAGCAGUGGAGGACAGUGAGAAGAUCUUCACUGAGCUGAUCCGUCUCAUGGAGAAAAGAAGGUCUGAUGUGAAGCAGCAGGUCAGAUCCCAGCAGGAAACUGAAGUGAGUCGAGUCAAAGAUCUUCAGGAGAAGCUGGAGCAGGAGAUCACUGAGCUGAAGAAGAAAGACGCUGAGCUGGAGAAGCUCUCACACACAGAGGACCACAACCAGUUUCUACACAACUACCCCUCACUGUCACGACUCAGCCAAUCUACAGACUCAUCCAGCAUCAAUAUCCGUCCUCUGAGGGACUUUGAGGAUGUGACAGCUGCUGUGUCAGAGCUCAGAGAUAAACUACAGGACGUUCUGAGGGACCAACGGACAAACAUCUCACUGACAGACACUGAAGUCCAUGUUUCACUGUCAGGACCAGAACCAGAGCCCAAGACCAGAGCUGAGUUCUUAAAAUAUUCACGUGAACUCACACUGGAUCCAAACACAGCAAACAAAAAGCUGUCAUUAUCUGAGGGGAACAGAAAAGUGACAAGAAUGAAUCAACCUCAGUCUUCUUCUAGUCACCCAGGCAGAUUCACUUCAUGUUCUCAGGUCCUGAGUAGAGAGACUCUGACUGGACGUUGUUACUGGGAGGUGGAGUGGAGAGGAGAUGGAGUUGGUGUAGCAGUCGCAUACAAGAACAUCAGAAGAGCAGGGAGCUCAAGUGAAUGUGGAUUUGGACACAAUGACAAAUCUUGGUCGUUAUAUUUUUUCAAAAGCAGUUAUAACUUUUGGUACAAUGAUGUCAAAACUCCCGUCUCAGGUCCUCGGUCCUCCAGAGUUGGAGUGUACCUGGAUCACAGUGCAGGUAUUCUGUCCUUCUACAGCGUCUCUAAGACCAUGACUCUCCUCCACAGAGUCCAGACCACGUUCACUCAGCCUCUCUGUGCUGGACUUCAUGUUUGUCCUGGAUCUGCUGAGUUUAGUAAAGUGAAAUAGACAGAAGUCAUUGAAGGGACAGUGGGUUAAAUUCUGUUUUAAAUCUGAAACUCAUUCUGUCUCCAUGUUUGUUGCUGAGAGCUGAUUGUUGUGGCAUUUCUUCACUGCACAGAGAUCACCUGUCAAUCAAACAUUAUGGGCGGUACUUUGACGUCUUGUCAUUCAUUGAUGUGUUUGUAUGUUGUUGUUUCUCUUCCACUGCCUGAGUCUGAAGAGAGGAAGCAGCACACCUUCCUUUGUCCUAGAUAUUUAGUAAAGAAAUCUAGAAUUACAUUUCCAUUGAUUUGUGUGUUCUGGAGUUUCCUCUCCUGAGGUUAACGAGGUCCCGUGUGGGCCUUGAGGUCCUCAGCAGUAUUAGUUGUUUGGCUUUGGUUGGGAACAGUAGGUGCCAGUCUGUCUCCACAC